AUGACCACCAUCGAAUAUAAAGUAGAAAAUGACGAUAUUACCGCCAAAUCUCUUAAUAAGGAGUCAAAUUUAGAAAGUAAUACCAAAAUUGUUGAUGAUUCUUUAACAAUUUUUGAAGAAAUUCAACGUGAAUGGCUUGCCGAAAACGAAACCAACAUAAUACAGAUAUUUGGACAAGUUUCAAGAGACACAAUAGCCAAUGGCGUUAAAAUACAGUUUGUAGAGCAAGUUUUAGAAACAAAUGUAUUUUCUAUCCUGGAAACAAUCCUGGAUAGCAAUAAAGAAGCAGAAAAAAUGCAAUGCAUCGAAUUUAUCAACGCAUUAUGUUACUCAGACGAGAGAUUUAUCGAAAUUUUCCUAAAUGAAAAUUUUAUGAAUUUAUUUGUCCAGAUUUUCAACAGCGAAAUACAAAAUAUCAACAGACUAUCGCUUCUUUUUAACAAUAUGACUAUAGAUCAUCCCGAUAUCUGUGAAUUUUUGGCCAAUUCUUUAAAUUUUAAUCAAAUCUUUGAUUUCAUUGCAAAAUUCCCAGAUUCAAGUUGGGGUUCGAUAUAUUUGUUCAUAGAAAGAAACAUCCAGACCCUUAUUGGAUACAAUUUCGCUCAGAUUUUGAUUCAAAAAAUUAUUGAUCCGAAAACUCCACAAGAUUCCAUUAAAUUCGCCGCAGUAAUGAUACGUAUGUUCUGUUCUAUUGAACAAUUCCAAGAACUAUGCUUAGAAAACAAUGUUUUUCCUAUUUUCAAAAAUAUAUUUUUUGAUUUGCUGAAAGAACCUGAUUUUGAUAAGAUCGAUCAUUGUCUUGAGAUACUUAUGCACACAUUUAAACCAGAAAUACAUCAAUUUGAUCUUCCUGUGUUUGAAAAUAUAAUAAUUUUGAAAGAUGAGAUUUAUCCAUCGAUUUUAUACAUGAUGAGCAAAUACAUUGAUGUCCAAAAAGAAUUUUCCGAUGUUGUUAGUGCUGGUUUCAUCAAUUAUCUUAUAGAAAAUUUGACAAAUGUCAAAUCAGCUGUUUAUCAAGAGAUUGUUGUUUUUAUUUGUAUUGUUGGAAUCAAUUGUUCUCAGGAGACCCUGGAAAUGAUAAUUGACAGUGGUUUUCUGGAAGAUGCUAUUGAUAUCUUUCAAUGGGCUCAAGAUGUAACUUAUAUCCUUCCUUUCUAUCAUGUUGCACUAGAAAAGAUACUAAAUGAACAAGGAAAAGAUGCGUUUCUCCAGAUUGUUGACGAAAUUUCAAUUUUGGAGUCGAUUUCGCCGUGUUUGGAAUCAGAAAACGAAGAGGUUAGAGAAUGUACUAAUAUACUUUAUUCUUUUAUUACUUCUGUCAUAGAAAGUGAAUAA